GGCGGCCGACUGUGUAUCGGUAAAUAAUAUGUGUUUUUGUAAAUGUACAUAUUCAUUGGUGAAGUGUAGUCAUAUAAUCAAGUGGAUUUAAAUAAACUGAUAUCUGACAUAAACAUUAAAAGUGUGUGAUUUGUUUUUAGAAUUAUGUAAGAACAAAGACGUAGUUCGUUUUUGUAAAUGAAUUUAGCAUCAUUACAAAAUACAAAUGCAUAAAAAUGGUAUACUCUCAUUUGCUCACGAUUGUGACAAUCGUGUUAUUGAUACGAAUAUCAGUGCAAAAUGAAAACGUUGAAUGCCCUCACAAAUGCGACUGUUUAGAACAGUAUGUAGACUGUUCGAAAAAAAAUUUGGUGUCAGUGCCAAGAAUUCCAAAGUGGGUGGAGAAAUUAGACCUAAGUUACAAUAAAUUAAUAAGCGAUGUUACCUAUGGAUUCGAUGGCUUGUUAUCCCUAGACACCUUAAAAUUAGAUAAAAAUGCAUUGUCUGGUAUUCCUAACUUCCUGCACCAAAAUCAAAUACAAGAAGUCAGCCUUAAUAGAAACAAUAUAAGUGCAAUAGACGCUGGUCAUUUUCCCGUGAACAGUUCCAUAAAGAUAAUAAGCUUAAACAGCAAUCACAUUAAAAUGAUAGAGGAAGGUGCUCUCAACAAUUUGACCAACUUGGUGACAUUAAAGUUGAAUAGAAAUGAAAUUAUAUCUCUACCUAACCACCUAUUUAGGCAUCAGUCUAGCUUGAAGGUUUUGGAAUUAAAUCAUAAUAAACUACAUGUCAUUACUGGUCUGCUUUUUCAAGGGUUAUCCAGUCUGACCAUAUUGAAAAUAAAAUAUAACAAUAUUGCAAACAUAAUGGAUGGUGCUUUUUUUGGAUUUAAAUCUGUGAACUUGUUACAAUUGGAUCAUAAUGGAAUUCGAAGUAUAUCUAAAGGUUGGAUGUAUGGUUUGGAAUCAUUGACCAUGCUAUCCUUAUCAAAUAAUUUAAUAUCUCAAAUUGAUUUUGGUAGCUGGGAGCUAUGCACCAGUCUAGAAGAAUUAGAUCUAUCUCACAACUAUUUGAUGGAAAUUGAAGGUCGCACAUUUCAACACUUGACCAACCUCCACACCCUCAAUUUGAGUUACAAUAACAUCUCCUCAAUAUCCCAGGAAGCAUUUAGCCACAUGGUGCAGCUAAAAACACUCCUUUUAAAUAAUAACAAAAUAUCCUGGACAGUUGAAGACAUGUCGGGGCCAUUUUCAAAACUUCAGAAUCUUAUAAAAUUCAACUUGUCAGCUAAUCACAUCAAAUCAAUUAGUGCAAGAGCAUUUGAAGGCUUAAAUAAUGUUGUUGAAAUAGAUUUAAGAGCAAACAAUAUUACCUCAAUUCAACAGCACGCUUUCAAUUCAAUGACCAAAAUUAAAAAACUGUAUUUGAACUCAUCAUCUUUAUUAUGUGAUUGCAACUUGCUGUGGAUGGUCAAGUGGAUUAGAGAUAAAGUUGAACAAAAGUAUGUCACUGCUACAUGUGCUUACCCAUCAGAAGUACGAGGAGUUAUUAUCUCCAGAGUCAAGGAAGGUAAUUGUGGUGAUUCACCCAAACCAAGAAUUAUUGAACACCCUAAGACACACCUGGCAAUAAAGAACCGAUCUGCUAAUUUAGUUUGUUCAGCCACAUCAAAUCCGUUUAGCAAUAUGACCUUUUUAUGGAGGAAAAAUAAUGGCAAUGUCAGCAAUCCCAGGGUAUAUGAGAACGUUACAUUAACAGAACAUGGGAAACCUCACGCAACUUCUGUUUUGGUUAUACCUGAUGUAACACAUUCUGAUUCAGGCAGAUACCAGUGUGUUGUAAGUAAUAAAUUUGGAACAUCAUACUCUUCAAAGGCAAAAGUCGAUAUUGUAACCUUUCCCCGGUUUACGCAAAUACCAAUAAAUGUAACAGUAAAAACUGGUGAUACUGUGACCCUCAAUUGCGCAGCAACUGGUGACCCCCAACCAGAAAUAUCAUGGAAAAAAGAUGGUGGGAAUGACUUCCCUGCAGCAAGAGAGAGACGCAUGAAUGUUAUGCCAACUGAUCAUCUAUUUUUUAUUGUAAAUGCUAAAACAACUGAUAUGGGAAUUUAUAGUUGUGCUGCUAAAAACUCAGCUGGUACUAUAAUAGCUAAUGCAACAUUGUCAGUUUUACAAGAACCAUCUUUUGUUAGAGUGAUGGAGAAUAAGGAAGUGACCAGUGGGGAAUCUGUAGUAUUACAAUGUAUGAUAACAGGAUCACCUAAGCCUGUAUUAAAAUGGCUGAAGGAUGGGUCUUCAAUACUUCCUACGGAACGUCACUUUUUCACUGCAGAUGAUCAAGUACUAGUUAUAAUUGGAGCAGAGUCCAGUGAUGCUGGUCAUUAUGAAUGUGAAAUCACGAAUAAACUAGGUACUAAGAAGGACAUGAUAGAGCUAAAGGUUCUUCCUCCAGUGGCUAUUAUGGUAAAAGAGGAAGAUAUGACGGGUAUUAUUAUAAUAACAGUGGUGUGUUGUGCUGUGGGAACAUCUAUUAUUUGGGUGGUAAUAAUUUACCAUACAAGAAGACGCAUGGCAGGUGCAGUGCGUAAUAACUUUCCAUCUGAAAGUGUGAAAAUGACACAAGUUGUGCAUAGUGAUAGUGAUUCUCCUCAUUUGUUUCCAGACAAUCUGUCAGAGCAUUCCUCUUGUAAGGACAGUGGAACAGGGGACUCUGCUAAACAAACAAGCUUUGAUGGAAUGCCAAGCGAUAGAAGUGAGCAAGUACAUUUUGAAACAACUGUGUGCAGAAGUUAUUCUCCAGUGCCAGAAGCGCAUAAGCUUCUUCCUUCAUCAUUUAAGCCAUCUAUACAAGUGUGCUACAAUCAACCUGGCUAUGGAGGGCAAGCAGGACAAUUGGAAAUGGGCCACGGUCCAUACCCAUCUAUUGGCGCGGGGGGCACUGUAUCGCCGCAAGUGCAACAAUGGUUCAGUGCUGUUGACAAGGACAAGUCUGGGUUCAUAACGGCGGCAGAGUUGAGAGCAGCAUUAGUUAAUGCUCAAGGUCAAUCUUUCUCGGAAACUGCGUGUAAUCUUAUGAUUGGCAUGUUUGACAAAGAUCGAUCGGGACACAUCAACUUGGAAGAGUUCGACAAAUUGUAUACUUACAUAAACCAGUGGCUUGCAGUUUUUAAAACCUACGAUUCAGAUCAGUCUGGCUCCAUCGAUGAACAAGAAUUGUCGAAAGCACUGUCACAAAUGGGAUUCCGGUUCACGCCUGACUUUAUCAACUUCCUGUCGAAGAGAUGCGACGCGAGAGAGAGUAAAAUAUCAGUGGACAAUUUCAUAGUGUUGUGCGUUCAAGUACAGCGCUUCACUGAAGCAUUUAAACAGAGGGACACUCAACAAAAUGGGACAGUGACAAUUGGCUUUGAAGAUUUUCUAAAUAUUGCGCUUAGCUGUUCCAUAUAAUGAAACUCAACGUGAUUCUAUCACGCUCUUGCUUUAAAAGAUAAGCGUUCACCUUGGAAAGCUUCUUUCUCAUAUGAAAUACACGAGUCUCAUGCGAAAAUUAUUACUUUCCACAAAAAUCCCUUUAAACUUUCAAAACCAGUUUUUGCCAUUCCCAUUAAAAAAAGCAAUUUACCUCAUAACGUUUAGAUUGAAUUAUAAUUAUUAAGUUAAGAAAAUAGUAUAAAUGUUUUCAUUUAUUUAUUUUAUAUAGAGAUUUUAUACACAAUGUUUGGAUAUGUGCACAGAAAGCCUAGCUAUUGCGCGUUGUUCCAAUAAAAGCAAUAAAACUUGCA